UCCGGUUUUUGUUCGGCGCCAGCCACCGGGACGCAAGGGAUCCGUGGAGCCACUGGCACUGGCUGUCAUGGAUUUGGAGGCUUACUCCUGGGCUUGCGGCAGCUCCAUCCGAGCACUGCAGGCGCAGCAGGAGAAGCCGGAGACGCAGAGGGAGCCAACACCAACGCUGCAGGAUCAUCGCCUGCUGAGUUUGUGGUACUCGGCGGUGCACGUGGCUGCUGAGAGUGGGGACGUGGAAGACCUGGAGGUGGAGCUGGGGCCGGCAGCCGAGCUGCCACGAGCUCAGGCGCCCAUCCCGGAAGCGGAGGAGGAGGAGGAGGGAGAAGAGGGCGAAGCGAAGGAAGCCGGAGAGGGCGAACACGCCUUGGUGCCAGUUGCGGCUCCCCAACCGCCGGAGCCUGUGCAAGCUGAGCCAGCGAAAACAGCUGAGCCAGUGCCACCAAAGGAGGACGGGUUCCUGGCAGUGCUGUCGGCGUGGUCGGACGAUGCCCCGGCCUCACGGCUACUGGAGGAGGCCCGGCUGGUGCCGUCCAAGGGCACCAAAGCCGUGCGGGGUGCGCCGGGGCCGCUGCGGACGCGAGACAGGGCGCCCAACAAGGAAUACCUGGAGAAGCUGCGGUCCAGAUUCCAGAGCCGCGCGGCGAGCCCGCCGGCGGAAGCCUGCAAGCGCUGGACCCGGCAAGACUUCGAGCUCUAUUUCGGUAGCGACGGGGCCUUCCGGCCGCGCCUGGAGCCGCCGCCGCACACGGAGGAGGAGUUGGCCAAAGAAAUGCAGCUUACGAGCCGCGCCAGCCCCUUGCUCGCGGAGCUCCGUAUGCAGCUGGCCGCAGAUGGCGUCACCUCUGCUCCCGCGGAGUAUCGCGCCUUCUGCCGCCACCUCCUGGAGCAGUGCGAACCAUGUGCCUUACCUGUUGCAGAGGUGACGCAGGUGCCAAGGGUGAAGCGGAUAACGGAGCAGCUCAAGUCGCCCAUUUGCGUUGAAAAGCAACGUGGUUGGAAGAUGAGGAGUUGGGGCCUCGCAUUCUGGAGCUAUGAGUGUGGGGAGGCGGCUUGCAAUUGCUUCCGCGAGUACCCGCCCAGCCCGGGCACCAGCUCUGAGCGGCCGGUGAGGGCGAGGCUGGAUGAGCUGAGCAAAUACAUCAGCACCUUGCAAGACAUGGAUCCUCAGUGCAAAGAGGACAACUACCUGGCCUACCCUCGGCACAUCGUCAGCUGGUGUCCUUUUGGCUCCGUGCCGAAGGCCCGACGGCUCUUUGAGCAGGACCUGAAUGCGCGGCGCAAGCUUUGGUCGCCGCCCGGGCUGAAGGACCAUUCCGCCAAGUGGUUCGACCUGGCCUGCCUGGCUGUCGGCCUUCAGUUCGUCCCUGAACUGGGCUUGCAGGACACGCUUCAGUUUGGGCCACCUGGGGCAAUUACGCGACUCUAUGUGGAGGACAGCUCGGCUCAUGUGUGGCACGCGCAGAUCCAGGGCCGCCGCAUGUUCGCCAUGUUUGCACCACAGGAAUCGGAGAAGCUGGGCGGGCACCGCGCGGAGCCGGCGCCAGGCAGCGAAGCGCGCUGCUGGACCAGUCUUGUGGAACUCUUCGGCGGCAGGCUGGAGAGCCACGCGCACAUGGUGGUUCUGGAGCCCGGGGAGACGCUUGUGGUGCCGGCGGGGUGGUGGCAGUGUAGCCUGGCGCUGGAGCCCUUCACAACUCUGUCCAGACGCUUCUGGAACAGGUCCAACCGCUUGGGGAUCUGCGACGAGAUCUCUCGGCGCUCUGAUGCCCGGGAGAUGGGUCCCAGCCAGAAGACGCGCCUGGACUCGCAGCUGCCCCUUCUGCGCGAGCAAUUGCAGGAGGAUGACCUAUCGUCCGGAGAGGAUUGAAAGAAAUGCCGCGG